UGUCCCCCGCGGUAUUUCCUGUGUACAGAAGCUCCUGUAUCCUUGCACUGAUCACACGGAAGACUUUUGUACACGUGCAGUGUUGUAUUGACUUUUGUUACAUUUGUAGUUUCCUUUUAUAGGAAAUAACAUAUUGUCUCUUGUCAUGGAGUGUAGCCUGGCAGACAUAGACUUCAGAGGGUGGCACGUGGCUGGUGGCCUUGAUGGGCGUGGUGGAGCGGAUAGUUCAGAGUGGACAGAGUUAAUCGUGAAGAGGGACCAUGCAGGACCCAGAGCUGCCGACAGAGCGCCCCUCCGAUGCCUUCUUCACAGAUGGAGCCGGCAUCACAGGUCAGAAGAAAGAGCCACCAAGACGGCGUCGAAAACCAGCCAAAACGCAUCGCAACCUGAUGACCUGCUCACCGGAAAGACUUUCCAUAAAUUUAUCAAAAUGUAGAGAAUUUCUUGCCCUUCCUCCAGAUAGUGAUGAAGGUUCAGUGCCCACCGAGGGCAGGGCAGCUGCUUCGGAUGACCUCUCUCUAAGCGCUGCCAAGGGUCGUAUUGUGGCGUCCAUAAAAACCGAGGAGCACAGUAUCGGCGAGGAUUCUACUCUGGCAUCAAAUGUGCCAAAACUUUCCAUAGACAGACGAUUGAGCUCACAAAAGAGAAAUAGUACAAAGGCCAAGCCGUUCCUGUGCACAGUUUGUGGGAAAAGAUUUAGCCAAAAAUCCCUUCUCAUCCAACAUUACCGAAACCAUACAGGAGAGAGACCGUACCACUGUAUGGAGUGUGGGAAAGGCUUCACCUCCUGCUCUCUGCUCAUACGCCACCAUAAGAUACACACAGGAGAGAAGCCCUUCGCGUGUCCAGACUGUGAUAAACGCUUCAGUGAAAGCUCCCAACUCGUACGGCACCAGCGCACCCACACUGGGGAGCGUCCGUACACUUGCAUCGAGUGCGGGAAAAGCUUCAGCGAAAGCUCCAAGCUGGUCAUUCACCAGAGGACGCACACGGGAGAGCGGCCAUACUCGUGUAGCGACUGCGGAAAGAGCUUCAGUGUCCGCUCACAUCUCAUCACACACAAGAGAACUCACACCGGGGAACGGCCGUACACCUGCAACGAGUGCGGCAAGAGCUUCAGUGAGAGCUCCAAGCUGGUCAUGCAUCAGAGGAUACACACCGGAGAGAAACCGUACACCUGUGCAGCCUGCGGGAAGAGCUUUAGCCAGAGGUCUGUGCUGGUGACCCACCAGAGGAUACACACCGGAGAGAAACCGUACACCUGCCCAGAAUGUGGCAAAUGCUUCAUCGAUAAGGUGGGCUGCGACCGCCACCGCGUCACCCACAGCAACGAGAAGCCCUUCCAGUGCCUGCUGUGCGGUAAGAACUUUAGCCGCAACUCCGACUAUAAUAAACAUCAGAGGACCCACACCGGGGAGAAGCCGUACUCCUGCAUGCAGUGUGGGAAGAACUUCAGCUGGAGCUAUCAGCUCGUACGACACCAGCGCGUUCACACCGGGGAGAAACCGUACACGUGCAUGGAAUGCGGCCGGAGCUUUUGUUGGAGCUAUCAACUAGUGACGCAUCAAAAGACUCACUCUGUGGAAAAUUCCUACAUGUGAAUCUAUGUUGUAAAAGUCCAAAAUGGAGUGUAAAGACCUGUAGUGCGCUGCAGCGUGCACAAGGUACCUGUGUCUAAUAUGGAGUACCGUAGUCUGUGCAGUCAGGUCAGUGGAGGGAGGACACUCCACCCAAGUCUGCAGGUCUUACAAGGAGUCCCAGCUGUAUUAUUAUACUGGCUGCACAGGCACCGCGGCCAUAUGCACAGGCACCACGGCCAUCUGCACUGGCAUCGAGGCCGUCUGCAUAGACACCAGGGCCGUCUGCAUAGACACCAGGGCCGUCUGCAUAGACACAGCAGCCAUCUGCACUGGCACAGCCUCCUUCUGCACAGACACCUACUAGGUUUUGGCUGAUUGCACUUAACUACUACAGGUCAAAAUAUCAGAGGCUGGGUAUUCAUAUGCAAACAUCUUCAGAAAAUGGGUAGCUGGGUGGAGAAAUAUUCACAUUACUUAUACAGUACCUGAGUAGAGAGAGUCAGACUGCUGGUACCUGUGUAGAGAGAGUCAGACUGCUGGUACCUAUGUAGAGAGAGUCAGUCAGAAUGCUGGUACCUGUGUAGAGAGAGUCAGACUGCUGGUACCUAUGUAGAGAGAGUCAGUCAGAAUGCUAGUACCUAUGUAGAGAGAGUCAGACUGCUGGUACCUAUGUAGAGAGAGUCAGUCAGAAUGCUAGUACCUGUGUAGAGAGAGUCAGUCAGAAUGCUGGUACCUGUGUAGAGAGAGUCAGACUGCUGGUACCUGUGUAGAGAGAGUCAGACUGCUGGUACCUAUGUAGAGAGAGUCAGAAUGCUGGUACCUGUGUAGAGAGAGUCAGACUGCUGGUACCUGUGUAGAGAGAGUCAGACUGCUGGUACCUAUGUAGAGAGAGUCAGACUGCUGGUCCCUGUGUAGAGAGAGUCAGACUGCUGGUACCUGUGUAGAGAGAGUCAGUCAGAAUGCUGGUACCUGUGUAGAGAGAGUCAGACUGCUGGUACCUAUGUAGAGAGAGUCAGUCAGAAUGCUAGUACCUAUGUAGAGAGAGUCAGACUGCUGGUACCUAUGUAGAGAGAGUCAGUCAGAAUGCUAGUACCUAUGUAGAGAGAGUCAGACUGCUGGUACCUGUGUAGAGAGAGUCAGACUGCUGGUACCUAUGUAGAGAGAGUCAGUCAGAAUGCUAGUACCUAUGUAGAGAGAGUCAGACUGCUGGUACCUAUGUAGAGAGAGUCAGUCAGAAUGCUAGUACCUAUGUAGAGAGAGUCAGACUGCUGGUACCUAUGUAGAGAGAGUCAGACUGCUGGUACCUGUGUAGAGAGAGUCAGUCAAGACUGCUGGUACCUGUGUAGAGAGAGUCAGUCAGAAUGCUGGUACCUGUGUAGAGAGAGUCAGUCAGACUGCUGGUACCUGUGUAGAGAGAGUCAGUCAGACUGCUGGUAUCUGUGUAGAGAGAGUCAGUCAGAAUGCUGGUACCUGUGUAGAGAGAGUCAGUCAGACUGCUGGUACCUGUGUAGAGAGAGUCAGUCAGAAUGCUGGUACCUGUGUAGAGAGAGUCAGAAUGCUGGUACCUGAGUAGAGAGAGUCAGACUGCUGGUACCUGAGUAGAGAGAGUCAGACUGCUGGUACCUGAGUAGAGAGAGUCAGACUGCUGGUACCUGAGUAGAGAGAGUCAGACUGCUGGUACCUGAGUAGAGAGAGUCAGACUGCUGGUACCUGAGUAGAGAGAGUCAGACUGCUGGUACCUGAGUAGAGAGAGUCAGACUGCUGGUACCUGAGUAGAGAGAGUCAGACUGCUGGUACCUGUGUAGAGAGAGUCAGACUGCUGGUACCUGAGUAGAGAGAGUCAGACUGCUGGUACCUGUGUAGAGUCAGUCAGACUGCUGGUACCUGAGUAGAGAGAGUCAGACUGCUGGUCCCUGAGUAGAGGAAAACCCUGCCGGUAGCUGGGUGGAGAAAUAGUUACAAGGCCCAUAGCCGCGUAUUGAAAUGGUGAAGUUAUGCCCCC